GCGCAUCCUGCCUCAUUGCCAAGCUAAUUACUCCGUUCCUUAGUAGCAAUCCUGCGGCCGAUGCCCUAGAUGCCGACGCCGCUCGCGCUCCAUUCCGACAGUGGAUGCUCCAAAAUGGUUAAGUCAACAAGCGCUAAGCGGCGGGGCAUACGCGCACAAGGGUCGCUGUAUUGAACCAAGUCAUUAUGGCCAUGCGGACUCGUUUAGCUUAACGGAUUAUAAGACCGAAGGACUGCCUCCAUCUUGGCUGGGGUGCAAAACGAGGUGGCUUACGAUAUCUGUCCCAAGGCUGCGAUUAUACGUGCCGCCACGCUCUACUGUUAGGACCCUACGCACUAUGAAAUUCUCCGCCCAGGCUGUCGCGUCGGCCCUGUGCUUGAGCACCACUGUUUUUGGUGCCCCAGCCGCCGAUACCCCAGAGAAGCGCUUCUCGCAAGUUAAGGUUUCCUACCCCGAGGGAAGUGUCAUUGGCAAUGCCGGCUUGAUCGCAGACUCUUUCAAGGGAAUCCCCUUUGCAAAGCCACCAGUUGGUGACCUGCGCCUUCGCCCUCCCCAGCGUCUUAGCGGCAAGGCUGAAAAUGUCGACGGCACCAAGCUUGUUGCACCCGCGUGCCCACAGAUGUACGUCUCGAACGAGAGUCACGACAUUCUUAGCAAGCUUUUGACUGGCGUCCUCUCCCUGCCUUUGCUCGACAAGCUCAAUGGCCAGGAAGACUGCCUGACGCUUGAUAUUCAGCGCCCAGCUGGCACCAAGGCUGGCGACAAGCUUCCAGUUGUCUUUUGGAUCUUCGGAGGCGCCUUCCACUUGGGAGGCUCCAACACAUACGAUGCUACAAGCCUUCUGACGGAAGCUGUUGGCAACAACCAACCCUUUGUCUUUGUGGCCAUUAACUAUCGUGUAGGUGGCUUCGGAUUCCUUGGAGGCAAGGAGAUCCUCAAAGAUGGUGCUGCCAAUCUGGGUCUGCUGGACCAGCGCAUGGCUAUGGAAUGGGUAGCAGACAACAUCGAUGCCUUUGGCGGCGACCCAUCCAAGGUCACUCUAUGGGGCGAAUCGGCCGGCGCCAUCUCCAUCUUUGACCAGUUUAUGCUCUAUGGUGGCAAUGCUACAUACAAGGGCAAGGACCUUUUCCGAGCUGGCAUCAUGGACUCCGGAAGUGCUGUUCCAGCCGAACCUGUCGACUCCAGCAAACCCCAAGCCAUCUACGACACCGUUGUCGCAAGGAGUGGUUGUGCAGGUAGCUCCGACACUCUGGCCUGUCUCCGCAAGGCUCCGUACGACGUCUUCUACAAGGCCGCCACCUCCGUGCCAGGCGCUCUGUCUUACAACUCUGUGGCCCUCUCCUACCUCCCGCGCCCUGAUGGCAAGACUCUUCCCGCCAACCCGCUUGUGGCAGCCAAGUCUGGAAAGUUCAAAAAGGUCCCCGUGAUUAUCGGAGACCAAGAGGACGAGGGAACGCUGUUCUCGCUGUUCCAGAACAACGUCACAACGACCAACGACAUCGUCAGCUACUUGAAGGACUUGUUCUUCCCGAGGACUGACGUGAGCAUCCUCCGCGAGAUCGUUAACGUGUAUCCCGAAGACAUCAGUGCCGGCAGUCCGUUUAGAACGGGCAUCUUCAACGAGCUGUACCCCGGCUUCAAGCGUCUUGCCGCCCUGCUCGGCGACAUAACUUUUACCAUCACUCGCCGCGUGACUUUGAGACUCGUUCACGAGAUUGACCCAACCUUCAAGGCCUGGUCGUACCUGUCGUCAUACGACUACGGAACGCCAAUCCUGGGCACAUUCCACGCUUCCGACAUCCUGCAGGCCUUCUACGGUGUCCUGCCCAACAACGCCAGCAGAAGCAUCCGCGCUUACUACUUCAACUUUGUCUACAACCUGGAUCCCAACAAGGGCUAUCCUGUAGAUAACUGGCCUGAGUGGGGACCGUCACGCACACUCAUGUGGUUCAAGUCGGCCUUUAGCAACUCGCUGCUCAAGGAUGACUUCCGCAAGGAUGCAGAGGAUGUUAUCUACAAGUACCGCGAGGACAUUGCCAUUUAACGAAGUCAUGCCGUCAUGAGAGGUCUCUUUCUUGUCUUUCUGUUUUUUCAAUUCACUUUUGCACUUGAACGAGGGGUGCAACGCCAUAGUGGCACA